CCGAUGUUCAGGAUGUGUUCAAAACUCUUCCGGGGGCAGACGUCGAAGAAAGGCUCGGCGUUGAUCCGUUCAAGAUAAUGUUGGACAAAUUGGACGAGUAUUUCGCACCGAAGCAACACGAAGCCUACCAACGAUUUUUGUUCUGGUCGAUGACACGAAAGGACGAGCCUUUGGACAAGUUUAUUCUGCGAGCCACCGAAGUCGCCAGCAAGUGCAAUUUCGGCCAGAGCAAAGAAGAAGCGCAGGAUAUAAGCGUUAUCGAUAAGGUCAUCCAAUUGGCACCGCCCGAUCUACGCGAGAAGCUCUUGCAAAGAGAACACUUGGUAAUGGACGAGGUUAUCAAGUUGGUCAACUCCCACGAAGCGAUAAAAUUUCAAGCCAGUCAAAUGACCUCAUCGAAUAUCGGCCAACCAUCUACGUCUGGUGAAAUAAACAGGAUCCGGAAUGCACCGAAGAAAUUGCCUCAACGAGGAGCUGAAGGUUGUUCCAGAUGCGGCCGGAAGGGGCACUAUGGAAACGAUAAGGUUUGCCCAGCCAGAACUAAAACCUGUGACCAAUGUGGAAAAGUAGGACAUUUUGCAGUUCGUUGCCACUCUUCAAAACCGGCUCAGAAGAACAAACGUGAGGAACAGGAUGAGGACUACCGCAAACGUUCCCGUUUUCAAUCACAGCCGGUCAGAACGAUUGAAGAUGUGGAGGAGAAAGAGUACGACGUCAAACCAGGCAACCUUCUUAUUUGAAAGAUUUUGUGAUUCGUGAAGUAUCCUCAGAGUGAAUUAUAAUUCUAUGAGAAAAAAGGAGAUGUGGUGACGGCCGCAUUACGAAUAGCAUACCUGAUGGUCAAUAUACGUUGAAGUGUUUAUAUUUAUAUUUAUGGCUUGUCAUUGUUAAGAGUGUAUGGAUAUAGAAGAGAGAAGACUGUAAACAAGCUAGCGGUGUGGUGUGAAUAUUAAAUAAAGUUAAUCGUUAAUUGCUCUUUAUUAAAGUGUCUAUUGCUGUAGUAUUUUGAUACAUUAACCGAGUC